AUGGAAAAAUUCAAAAAGUUCUUUAGAGGAUAUUUACAAACAAUGCUUUACGGGAUUGAAAUUAGACCUAAAUAUAAAGUAAAAAUAAUAAUAUUAGAAUAGAUGGAUUAUUCUUUUUAUAUAAUUUUGCAUACAAUAAAUUAAUUUUAAUUGCUGGCAAUCAUAAUACAAACAAGCAAUGAAAAACGAUAUAUUGACUUUAAAUUAGACUUUGUUUAAAGUUUCUUAGAGUUUUUUUUAGUUAAUAACCUAAUAAAAUAGAGUUUAUCCUAUUAUUUAGCAUACAUAAUAAUAGUUAUUUCAUUUUUAUCUUAACUGGUACUAUUUGUGUUUUUAUGCUUUUCAACUUUAAUUCGAUUAUAUACUGCCAAUUUAAUAAAGAGUAACAAUAAAGGUAAUUUAAAUAGCAAUAUUUAAAAUUGGGUGAUUUAAUUUAAUGAACUUUUACAUUGGAUAUUCGUUACUUAUCCAGUACUUUACUUAUAAAUUGCAGUAUUAUCAUUUAGUACAUUAUCAUGUAAUUCAUUGAGUUUGAUUCCAUUUAAUGAAUGUGAAAUAAUACCUUUACUAUAAGUUUUUUCUAUAAUAUAGCUUUUAAUAUCCUUUAUAAAUGGAUAAAUACUGAUUUAUACAAUGAGGAAUCAUAAAUUUAAUGAAAUAAAUUCACUUAAAAGAAGGUACUCAAGUUUAUUGUUGUUCAAUAAUACAAUAGUGUUAGCUAUCAUUUUUUUUCAUUAUAAUUACUAAUUUGUAAAUAAUUAUUUGAUAAUAGUUUGAAUUUUCUGAUGCCAUUAAAUAUAUUUUAGCAAAUCUUUUUACUAUCAAUUAAAUAAUUGAUUAAUUAAAUAAUUAUCCUUAUAGAGAUCCAGUAAGAUUGCCUGCUAUAACAAUGACAUUUGUAUAAUUUUGGAUAGUUUCAAUUUUGACAUUAUAUAGAUUCACAUCCUUUAUUCAAGAAUAAUAAUUAUUCUUUUUUAUGAUACUCCCUUUGCCUUUAAUUUAUAUGAUUGGAUAAGGAUUAGCAUAAUAAUUUUAAUUCUAUGCUAUCAUUAAUUCAAAUUCUAAGAUUUAGAUCAAAGAAAAACAUUUGAUAAUAACAGCAGACUAUUUUUAUAAGCUAUAUCUUGAUUAUAAUAAAGUAUUUAAUCUAUAUAAUAUUAGAGUUAAGAAAGCUAAAUUAAAUUUCAACAAUUUGUUAAAAUACAUAGAUAGUUUUGUAAAAACAAAAAGUGUUAUUCUUAGGAUUUGAAGUUUAGAUAAACAGAUCUUGAUUAAAAAAAAGAUCUUCAUUUAUUUUCAUUAAGUAUCAUUAAAUGCAUUUUUAAAACUGCUCAAUAAUGGUUAUUUACUUUGUAAUAUAUUUAAAUUAAUUGAAUUAGAGCUAAUUAAAAUCAAGAUUUAUAGUUUGAAUAGCUGUAACUAUAAUAUAUUAGUUUUGUUUCUGAUAUAGCAUAAAAACCAUUAUUAGGAUAUUUAGAAUUAAGACGAUAUUAAAAUAGUAAAAACAAUAAUAAUUCUAUUUAUUUUAUUGAAAUAACAAAUAAGUUAGCUGAUUAACUUCAACUUUAAAUUUUAGACAAUUAAUAAAGAUAAACAUCAAAAGAUAUUCUCAUUUAAGAAUAAAAAAGUUAAUUAAUUGAAAUUUCAUUACAAUAAUAAUGGUGGACUUAAAAUUUAUAUGAAAAUUUGUUGAGUGAUUAUGUUUCUUUACUUGAUUUAAAGGUUGAACAUUGGAAUAAUCUAAUGGUUGGAUACUAAAGUCUUAAUCCGUUUUAAUAGAAUACUCAAUAAUUAUGUGGAAGAAUUAAAUAAGUAAUUUUAUUAAAGUAUUAAUUUUAGUUAAAAAUAUAAUUGGAUAAAUUUAUUGGAGUGCCGGAAGAAUGGUUUGAUUUGAAAGUUACGACUAGCAAAGGUCAUUAAAUUAAGAAAUUAAGUCAUGCUUAAUUAAAUAUAAAUUGUGUCACACUUAAACUUUAUUCCUUAUUCUAUUCAAUAAUGAUGAAUGAUUUUGAUAGAGUAAAUUAAUUAAUUAAUUUAUUAGAGUUUUUAUAUUGAAUAAUAUGUAAAAGAUCUUACUUCAAAUGAUAGAUAAAAAGAAAUUGAUAUCAUAGAUAAUUUAUCUUUACUAAAUGAUAGAACAACAAUCAUAUUAGUAAGUUUAGUUAAGAAUAAAGGCAAAAUAGUAAAUAAGAACUAAUUAGCUUUAGCCAAUUUUUUUUCAUAUAUUGAUAGUAAUAAUUUUAAAGAUAAUGUUUCUAAUAUUCAUAAAUUGUUACCUAAAUCAAUUAUGGCAGCACAUGAAUUAUUAAUUGAUUAAUUUAUGUAAAGAGGUUUUAGUUAGUUUUUUGUCAAAAAAAUUAGUGGUUAUUAUGAAAAUGCUAAAGGAUUUAUUCAAAAAUCUUAUAUUAAACUAGGAAAUUUAUUUGAAGAAUUAGAUGAUUAUGUUUUAACUGCAUCUAUGUUAAAAUGUAAUUUAUUAAAUCAAACAAUUUUAUUUGAUAUAGAGGGUAAAAUAAUUGGUAUUAGUGAAAAAUUGUAUGAAAUUGCAAAAAGAUUUAAUCCAUAAAUUUAAGUAGAUUUUUUUAAAGAAUUUUGUAGAGUUUUUUUAAUAUUUCCAUCAAUUUUAACAACAUUAAAACAAAUGGAAUAAGAGAAUAAAUAAAAAUUAGAUGAAUUUUUAUUAGAAAAUGAGGAUACUUUAUUAUAUAUUCCUUCUAAUUUGAUUGAAUUGAAUUCUUUAUAUAUCAAAGAAUAAUAUGAUAAAUUUGGUUAAAAAGUUGAUUUUGGUUUGGAAAGUGAAAAUCUAAGUUCUUGGAGAUCUUGGAAAAGUAUGACAAAAAGUAUAUAGUCUUCAGAAAAUUGUCAAGAAAAAAAUCAUUUAUUUAAAAUAACUAAUUAAGAUAAUAUCGAUUUUACUUUAUAAUUUAUUUAAACACAUAGAGAAUUAUUUUAAUAAUUUACAAUAUUAAAAACAAAAGUAAAAUUAUUUUAUCAACAAUUAAAAGUCAAAUCAUUUUAAUAUAAUUAUUUUAUAUUAGAAUUAGAUCACAUAAUUGAAAUUAAUUCUGAGCAUAAAAAUUUUUAGAAAUACCCCAGUAUAAAUAAAAUAAUUGAAUUUUAACUUAAUGUAGGUUAAACUGUUGCUUUUAAUAAAACAUCAUAUCCUGAUAGCCAUUAUGAUAGCUUAGAUAGAUCAAUCAAUAAUUUUAAUUAAAAUUUAAAUUAAUAACCAUAUGAUUAAUAGUAUAUUAAAGAAUUAAGAAAAUAAUAAAUUUCGAAUAAUUAAAAUGAGAAAUAAAAACAUAGUAAAUUUAAUGAAGUUAAAUCUAAGGGUUAUGAAGAAAAGUUAAAUGAUGAAUUUAAUAAUUUAUCAUUAACUAUAUAAAGAGAUAAAGGUCCUUAACUCUAUUAGAUACCACUUCAGAAAAUGGAUUAAGAAGAUGAAUUUGAAUUAUAAGUAUUAGAUGGACAUUUUAAAGUAAUAAUUAAUUAAUUUAUUUAGUAAUUUGAAUAAGAUUAAGAGAUGCAAUUAUAUCAAAAAUAAUCAAGUAUUAUUCGUAAUUUUGGAAAAGAUAAAGAUGAAUCUCAAAUAGAAAUUGAUGAAAAUUAAGCAAAAAACUCUUCAAAUCAAGAUCAUGAAGUUGUAAAGGCAGAUUUGAUAGAAAUUUUAAAGAUUAAUAGAUAAUAGAAAUAAAACAAUCAGUAAUUUAUAUAUUUCUAUUAAAUUAGUGAACAUGAUGAAGAAGAAAAUAAAUAAAGAUCAGUCAGUUCUUCACGUACAAGUUCAUCUAAGUCUCCCUCUAUGUUAAUUAGAUAACUUUAUUCAAUAAAUACUUUUUAAGGGAAUAUUAAAUUAAUAGUAUUGAGUAUAUUGUUGAUAGCUCUACUAUUUUUAAGUCUAGUUUUUAUUAAGAUGUAAAUAGUUUAAGGUAAAUUUUAUUAUAAAUUAGAAAAUUACAAUGUAUUACAAACCAAUAUUAAUUAUGUAACAUUUCCUGAAACCUUAAAUUUUUACUUUAUUAAAGCAACUUACUUUACAUGGGUUUAAUUAACAUAGGAAUCAGAAUUAGUGACCUAUAGUGAAUUUAUUUAAACUUAAAUUGAAUAAGAAUUAUAAUAAAUGAAGGAGAUUAUAGAUGUUAAAUUAAAUGAACUCUAUUAAGGAAUUAUUUAAUAUGAAAAUUAAAUAAUAACAAAUGAAUUAAAACUCAUUAAUAUAAAUGAAUAUGAAGCUUAGACUUAAUAAUUAGAUCUAACAUAAUUAAUUUAAUUAAUUUAAAUUCAUGCAUUUAAUUUUAUUGAUAAUUUUAAGAAUAUUACUAGUUUCAAAGAUAUUUUAUUUUUUCGUUUAAAUAUGCCUUUCAUUUAUCAAUUUGCAUAUAAAUAUAUCACAUUAUUAAACGAAAAUCUUGUCUAUUAUGAAGAGAAAAUUAUUAAUGAUGUUAUUUAAAUUACAAUGAUAAUUUUAGCUUUAAUAACAGCGAUUAUAAUGUACAUAACAUUUUAGAUUUCAAAUGUUACUUUGUAUGAAAAACAAAUAUUAAUGCUUAUAUCAAGAGUUUCAUAUAAAGCGGCAGAAGAAGCAAUUGAUAAAUUAUUAGAUAUAAAGUCUGUUUUAUCUGAACCUACUCAAUUAGUUUGGAAAAAAAUUAACUUUUUUGAUCUUAAUUAUGAAAGUAAGGAAAAUAAUAGUGAUUAAAAUAAAAUGAUGGUUGCCAAGAGCUUAAAAACAACAUCAGCAACACGAUCAAAUUAUCAAACUUCAAGAUCUAAAUCAAAGUCAAAAAGAAAUUAUCAAAGUAAUUCUCUUGCUUAAAGAAUUUAUGACUUAAGUUUAAUAAAUAAAAUGAACUAUAUUUAUUUAUUAGCGAUUUGGUUGAUAUUUUGUAUUUUUGUAAUUGGUUCAAUACUUGUUACUGUAAAUUAAGUAUCAGACAUCAAACCAACACUAAAUCUAAAUUUAUAGUUAAUACGUUUUAAAUUUAGAUUCGAUUCUUUAAUUGUCUACAGUGAAAUAAUUAAGAGUGAAAAAAUAAUAGAAAAAUAUUUUUUAAAUUAAUAUCAAGAAUUAGAUAUGUAAAUAGAUGUUAUAAUUGAACUAUUUAAUUAACAAUAUGAUGGAUUUCAAGAUAGUAUGAAAUAAAUCUACGAUUCUUUAAUUGGAAAUUCUGGUUUGAUGCAAGCAUAAAAAAUAGAAUUACUUAUGUAUUUUGAAUAAAGUUUAUGUAAUUUCAUGAGUUCAGAAAUUCCUUUUUGUAAUAUUUAAAUUAAGAGUGAUGCUAAUUUUAGUGUUCCACAAAAUUUUAUAGAUGAAUAUGGUUAACCUGUAGCUGAAGAUAAUAAUUAUGAAUAUGUUUCUGGAGGAAUAAUUAAUAUGGUUUAAGAAUUUAGUAAAAAUCUAUAGAUGUAUUAUUAUACAGAAUUGGUAAGUAAGAAAUUGAGUAAUGACAGUCUUCUUGAAAUUAGCCAAUAUUUAAGAUCUAAAGUACAUAUAACUUAAUAGGUUGAAUACUUUUUAGAUACUGGAAAAUUGUUAAGCACUGUUGGAUAUAAUUUAUUUGAAUAAAAUUAAUCAAAAUUAAAUUAAGCAACAACACUUACUUAAAUAUAUGUUUAUCUUACUGGAUUUAGUAUGUUUUUAUUUUUUAUUUUAAUUUCCUAUUAUUGGAUAAAACAAAUAACAACAAGACUUUAAUUAAUGAGAUUGAGUUUAACACUUAUUCCAUAUGAUAUUUUACUAGAAGCAAAGACAAUAAGUUCACUCAAAUAAUUGUGA